UGAAGGUGUUUAUUAAGUUAGAGUUAAUAGGAAGGGAUCUAACUCGAUCUUUCUCUCUUCUACACCGUUGUCUGUACUUAAAAAUCUCGAUCUCUGCACAUCGUCAUCUCCCUUUCUCAGUUUUGUGAUCAUGCACCUUCUUAGACUUCAACAGUAAGAGACAGAUUCCAAUUUGCAUGAACGAUACAUCACUAUCACAACACAUCAUCAUCAUCAUCUUCUUCUUCUACCAUGGCCUUUCCACCUUCUCACAGCUUCACGUUUCACACGCACGAAGAAGAUCACCACCACCUCCCUUCAACCUCUCUCAACGCCUUUCCCUCUUUGCCACCCCAACACUUUCAAGGGGGUGCACCGCCAUUGAUGUUGAAGCGGUCCAUGUCGUUUUCGGGCAUUGAGAACAAGUGCGAUGAGGUGAACGGAGAUGAUGAGUUAUCCGACGAUGGGAACUUUCAGUGUGGGGAGAAGAAAAAGAGGCUGAAUUUGGAACAGGUGAAGGCUCUUGAGAAGAGUUUUGAGUUGGGGAACAAGAUUGAGCCAGAAAGGAAAGUGCAGUUAGCAAAGGCUUUGGGGUUGCAACCAAGACAAAUUGCCAUAUGGUUUCAGAAUAGAAGGGCCAGAUGGAAAACCAAGCAAUUGGAGAAGGAAUACGAAGCACUCAAGAAGCAGUUUGAGGCAGCUAAGGCUGAUAAUGAUGUUCUUAAGAGUCAGAAUCAGAAAUUACAGGCAGAGGGGAACAUGAACUUAAUUACUGAUCAGAAUCUAGGGGUUAGUGUUACUAAACUGUUUUUCUUGAUCUUGAUUCAGAUAUCUGUAGUAUGAUUCCAAUAUUAAAAUAUUCGUUCUUGGUAGGAUUCUUCUACUUUUGGAAAGGAAAGCAUGAGUUGCAUCAUUCCUCUUUAAUUUUUCUUCCAAAAAUUUAGAUUUUGUUCCUCACUUCCUCUACACAUAUGCAUUCUCGUCAUCGACUUGAUAUGAAACUCAAUUUGUUAUAUUUUGUGAGUAGAGUUUUCUUACUGCUCAUGUUUUUUUUUGCUUUAUAAGAAGAGGAAAACCUUUCCAUAGAGUUUUGGUGCGUUUGAUUUACUUCUGAAACUCCAUUCCGUAUUGUAUCACUAUAAUGACACAGUAUUGGCCACUAACUUUUUAAAGUGACUGAUUCCCACAUUAACUAUUUGCUUCUAUAAGUUGGUCAUUAAUUUGGUGAAGAAUCUGCGUCACUGUCAGGCCCCAUACCUGUAACAAGUUGCAACGUGUUUCUUUUAUGCAACGUGUGUUAAUUUUUGCCAUGAUUAACAGACACAUUGCACAGGAUCCAAGUAAUGUUUUAAGCUUUUAAACACCAGAAUAUAUUAUAUAUGAUACUUGAUCAUCAUUUUUUUCUACUAUAU